AUGCCCUAUCGUUUAGACACUCACGUCUUGACAGUGGAUGCGAACGUCAUCCACAAGGUCGAUACUGGCAAUCCCGCCAAUCUCUAUAGCAUGUGGACUGUCUUUUCUCGGUGCGCAGACUCCGUUGAACAAGGUCGAAGACUAGAGAACCUUAGCUGGCGACUGUGGCAAAGAGAAACCUUUGUCGUCGACAACGAAGAAAAGACAGCACCCUCUACACAAACUCUCCCCCAAAACAUUCCUUCCGAGUCAAGGAUAUCCGAUCUUCCCCAACUAUCUGGCAGUGUUGAGUCUCUCGUAGACGAAGAGGCCGUCGACUUUAGUUCACUAUCAGCACCGCUUGAGAUCGCCCGCCCUCGUGUACGACGUCAAGAUUCUUGCGCCAGCACCCGAAGCAAGCGCGAACGCCACAUUAGCUCCGACGAUUUCGAGAAGAUGAUUGUCUCUAUUGUUAAGGACAAGGGUCCUCUGUCGGCCCCUCCUCAUGUUGCUCCUGUCCCCAAGGAGUCUCUUCCAGUUCCUCCUGCUUUCGAGCGUUCUGGCUCUACUACUACCGAGUCUCAAUCGCCUGCAAAGUCCAUCACAGCUUCAGAGGGUUCGCCACAACCUUCACCGCAAAGCCUCCCCCGCACCACUGUUGUGCGUGGCUUCUCACCUUCCCAGAUUCCCACUCCUCGAACCAUCUCCGGUGCUGCUCAAGCAUCAGACGCAAUUCCUGAGCCCAAGUCGUCGCCUGCUGCCAAGGUGGUGCAAUCAAAGAAGCCCGCUCGCUUUGCGCUUGGUGGCUCUUGUUCGUCUAGUGAACAGGACCAGAGCCUCAGCAACAGCAAGCCCAUCAUUCCCAUCAUCAAGAAACCCGUGUUCCAGAUCGGUGGCUCCUCUGAAGAGGACGGCUCACUCAAGAGUGCCAUGGCUUCAUCACGACCUGGCUCGCUCCUCUCUGCACGUAAGAAGCAGGCCUCGUUCAGCAACAAUGUCAUGACACGAACGAUUGAUGAUGAGGCAGCUGUCGACUCAGACACCGACGACUACAUCGACGAGAGCGCCAUCGAUGACGAUGACGACUCUUCGGACUGGGAGGACUCGAUGGAAGAGAGCGGCAAAUCCAGCAUGGACGACAAGUUCUUCCAGCGAGUGGAUUCCAAGGCCAACUUGACCUCACGACGAUCGCUCAUUACCCUCAUGCUUGCCCAGAACGAUCGCGCACGCACUCUUGGUAACCACGCUUCCCAAUCGACUUCAGCCAUUCCACGAUCUCGUAUGGCCCACGGCCCAUCACUGGGUGCCUCGCCUAACGACUCUGACGAGGCUCCCCUGAUGAUGAAGGGCAUGCGUGGACCUGGUCUCAAGCCUAUCCAUGAGGUCCCUAGGUCUAGUGCUCAGCCCAUCAUGACCGGUCCCAACCACAUCCAGCCUCAAGCUGCGCUGUCACCUCGCACUACUCGUCGCAAUAUGUUGGCGACUGAGCUGACUGAGUCUCUUCGACGUCACCUCCUCUGGGAGCGACAACAGAAGUCCUCGACAGCCAAUGCCGUCCUCAAGCGACGACAUACAUCGCACGAUGUGGCCAACCUGAAGCAGUACCCUGAGAAGCCUUGCAUGAAGAAGAGCGAGGAUGUGAACGCGAGCAGCUGGAACCAAUACUUCUCCAAGGAGGCCAGCGACGGAUACCACUCCAAGGGGUGGUAA